AUGGGAAUUCAAGUUCGAGACUUCGCCCCUAUCCAGCCACCCAUAAGCUGGACCGAUUCCCUUCGACUCUUGGCGACUUGCCUAUUGGCUUUCACCAACAGCUUCAUAGACAUCACACCCAUAGUCCUUCUCCCAUACAUACAGAAAGACUACAGAAUCAGCCACGCCAUCACAUCACUGAUAUUGGUAUCCAAUACCCUAGGUUAUCUAGUAGCAGCACCAUUUACUAGACUUCUCGACCGAGCCGUAGGGAGAUCCAAUGCGUUCGGAAUAUCUCAGGGGGUGAUGGGUAUCGGCUUUCUAUUGAUUGCUGGUCAUUCCCCUUUUCCCAUUACGGUCGUUGCCUAUUUCUUGGUGGGGCUUGGUCUGGCGAUUAGCUGGACGCUAAGCAAUGUGUACUGCACCUCAUUGGGUGAAGGCGAGACGACCCCGGCCCUUGGGUUACUUCAUGGAUGUUACGGUGUUGGGGCUGUAGGGGGGUAUUCGCUGGCCACCUCCUUGAUGGUUCGGGGUAUAACUUGGUGUCAUUUCUAUCUUGUGUUGCUUUUACUCACAAUCUUGAAUACUGUCGUUUCAAGCCGAGUCUUCAGGAGCUAUGAGAAUGAAUUCCCCGAUCAAUGUUUUGUCCAGAGUCCCCAUUACGCAAAGUCGACAGAUUAUUCUCGUGGGACGCCCUGGCCAUCGUCAAGCAGUAUUCAGAACACCAUCUUCAACAGGAGCAUGUUCGUCGGUACCCUGUUCAUUUUCGCCUACGCAGGGGCAGAGAUCUCCAUGUCGGGGUCGAUACUGGAGAACCGCAGCCGAGAGAAUCCACAUCCCUCUGUGAGCUUCACCGCGCUUGGGUUCUGGGUCGGAAUGUCCUUUGGGAGAUUCUUCUUCGCCUUGAUAUCACCUGAAAUGGGCGAUGAGUACGCGCUAUGUAUUCUACUUCAGGUCAUUGUGUGGUACGUCCAUGGUUUUGCGGGUGACGGGGUCUUAUUGCCCCUCAUUGGGUUUCUGUUUGGGCCUAUUUUGCCCAAUGCUAUUGCUGUUUAUGGACGACUGUUCCCCGGGAGUACGCGUAUUACUGGAUUCUCCUUCAUUCUCGCCAUUGGCAGGCUUGGGGGUACGUUGAGCUUUAUUUUGGGCCAACGUGUCGUGGAAACCCUUGGGACUGGUGCGUUGCAUUCCAUUUGUGUUAUGAUGGGGACCGUUAUGCUUUUUUGUUGGUUAGCACUACCUUGCUCUUAG